AUGUCCACCGGCGCCGACGCCCUGUCGCAGGAGCUCCGCGAUGCCAUCCGCGCGAAGCACCGCCUGGUGGAGAAGAUGAAGGAGAGCGUCGUGGAGGCGUCCGACCGAUCUACGCCCGGUCGAAACAAGAUCUCGUUCGGCGCGUUCGCGUGGUGGAAGGCGGUGCUCGUGUCCGCGUUCGUAGCGCUGUGCGUCGUCGCCGUGCAGCAGGCGGCGACGAGCGACCGGGCCGCGGAGAUCCGCGCGAACAUCCGCGCGCGCGCGCGGCUCGCCGCGUGGGAGCACGAGGAGAAGAAGCGCUGGAGCAGCGAGCGGAUGCUGCGACACUUCGGUCUCAGGCGCGCGUCGUCGCUGCGAUUCACGGAGCCCGUGUACACGUUCGCGGAUCUCUGGGACGCGGUGCGCGACCCGGACACGCACGUCAUCACCGUCGAGGUCGCCAUCGACGCGCAGACCGCGCAACCCGCCGUGCGCACCUCAACCUACGCCAAGCCCGAGAGGUUCGCCAUGAGCCUCGACAAGCUCCUCACGUCCUUCGCGCGGUUCGGCAGCAACAAGGGACUCCGUUUCGUCUUCCGCGACCCUCGAGCGAUCGCGCCGGCGACGCGCGCGAUCGGCGAACGCGUCGACAACGGCAAGAUCGCGUCGCCCGUCAUCCUCGAGGCCGAGGUCGCGUCGGGGCCCGAGGGGUACCUUCCCGAGAUGUCUGUCAUCACCGCCGACGCGCUCGAUUGGCAAGCCAAAGACGCGGGGGAGGCGCGGCCCCCGCGGUCGUACACACUCGCGCAGCUCGCCAACACCCACCCGGACGCGGAAUUCGUGCCUUUCGAUCCGAAGGAGCUGCUCGAGGCUGCGAAGAGGGACGUCCCUGGGGCGAUCCUGUCGUUGUCCGCCGCCACUCACGUGUCGUGCGCGCUGGAACAGGCGAUUCGGGUGGACUCGCGAAUAGAGAAGCGGCUCAUCAAGGAGCAGCUGCUCAGGGGCCUCACCAGGGUCAAGAUGUUCGGCCAGAAGAGGGGCGGGAUGCUGAGGGGCGCCGGGCCGGACAUCCCGCCCAUGUUCGUCAAGGCUGUCGCGCGGGUCAAGCAGAGCGAAGCCGCCGCCAAGGUGGCGGCGGCGCACGCGGCGGCGGUAUCCGCGGCGAAAAAGGCUGCGGCGCUAGCCGGCGGCGGCGACGCGUCCGCGGACGAGGGCGACGCGUCCGCGGACGAGAGCGACGCGCCGGCCGGCGGCGAUGAACGCCGCAGGCGUCUCCUGCAGCUGGACGCGGACAUGAGCGCGUUCGCGGCGGAGGAGGCGGCGAAGCGCGCGGCGAUGCGCGAGACCGACCUGGACCAAGUCGAGGACACGGCUGGCGACACGGCUGGCGCACACGCGGACGCCGGCGACGGGCCCAAGAGCGUGUCGGAGGAGUCGGCGCGCCACGACGUUCGCGCCCAGGCCGCGCGGCUGACGGACCAGCGCGGCUACGGCUGGCGGACUCACCGCGCCGUCGUCGAUUUGGUCGACGACGCCGGUUGGGACGGCGACGUGUGGUUUCCGAUGCACGCGUGCGUCAUGCCCCGCACAGACCCGGGUUUCGUCCGCGCGUUGCUCGACGUGUCGUUCGGAAACGCGGCGAUGAUCCGCGGGCCCGCGCUGCUGACCAAGGGGCUGCGACUCUGGAUCCUGGAGGAGCUCAGCGUGGCGAGGACGUUUCUGGCGGAUGACUUCGUGCGCCUGCCGGAGGGGGAGCCGGUGACGGAGAAGGAAGUGUUCCUCGAUCCGGUGACGGAGAAUCCGGAGGCUACGUUGGAGGGUUUGAUGAGCGGCGACGGGGCCGGGACGGGGACGGAUCAGGCGAAGGUGGUGCGCGGCUGGAAGGAGACGCUCCAGAACCUCAAGAGCUUCACAAGCAACUAUUAUCACCGCAACCAGAUGAAAGCGGAGGAUGGAAAUUAA